AAGGGAGACGCUUUUUGUCUUUUUCAUACGCAAGCUAUACCGGGGCUCCAACGAAAAGAAUCGAGGAAACGGAAACAAAACCCUAACACGCCAAGGGAGCUCUCGAUUUGGUACGGAUUCGGAUUCCUUCAUCGUCGAUCUCCCCCUACGUUUUGAUUUAGUUUUAGUUCGCUUUUUUGAUCGCUCAUCAAUGGCUUCAAAGAGGAUUCAGAAGGAGUUGAAGGAUUUGCAGAAGGACCCUCCUGUUUCUUGCAGCGCAGGUCCUGUUGGCGAGGACAUGUUCCACUGGCAAGCAACCAUCAUGGGACCCUCGGAGAGCCCCUUUGCAGGUGGUGUUUUCCUAGUGAACAUUCACUUUCCACCAGAUUAUCCAUUUAAACCACCCAAGGUCUCAUUCCGCACCAAGGUUUUUCAUCCCAACAUUAACAGCAACGGUAGCAUCUGCCUUGACAUUCUCAAGGAGCAAUGGAGCCCUGCUCUGACUAUUUCUAAGGUACUAUUGUCCAUCUGCUCGCUUCUGACGGACCCUAACCCGGAUGAUCCCUUGGUUCCGGAAAUUGCACACAUGUACAAGACUGACCGUGCCAAGUAUGAGUCGACAGCCCGAUCGUGGACCCAAAAGUACGCCAUGGGCUAAACGUUCACACUCUGAUGCUUAUGGGUAGUACCGCAUGCAUAUAGCUGUCCCUUAUCAGUGAAUAAAAAGCUUUAGGCAGUUGUUUAAUUACUUGGCAGGUCAUUGCUUGUUCCUGGAUAGCUACUUUAUAGAUUUUACAUUGCUCUUGUCGUGUGAAUAUAGAUGCUUCUAGGUAAUGUUCUGGAAGUAAGGUACCUUAAUCAUAUUAUUAUUAUUAGAGUUUCUAUCAGUUAAAAUUUGUGUGGCAAGAUGUUAAUCCCGUUUUCCCGCCUUUGGUGGUUUCUGGUUAGCGGUCUGCGGGGUCCUGUAAUUUCUGGUGGUUUUUGGUUAUAAUGUUGGCUGGGACAUAAUCACUAGUUAGGUUUUGGCUACUAAUGAGCCCGGGCAAUGGUUAUUGGGUAAUGUUUACUCUCACAUUGGUAAUUAAGUUAAUCUGAUA